AGAAAGAUACGCUAUGAAACUGCGUAUUGAAGCAACUGCUUAUUGCUCUUUCUCUCUCUCUCUCUAUAAGGCUCUGCCUCUACCGAAACAAUCAUAAAUCCACUAAUCCAGAUAUCUCAUUACUCCCUUUUCAAGUUUUCGUAUUUUUGAUCUAACGUCAAGUUUUCAUUUCUCCAUCAUAAUGGAAAAUGUGAUCUGGGUUUUUCACAGAAAGGAUUAAAAUAGUCGGAGAUUUUUCCGCAGAGGAAUAUAAAUUUUUCAUCUUUUGUGUGUGUGUGUGUGUGUGUGUGAUGGGUCUGGUUGAUUCUUUGUUUGGAAAAGAUGCAAGGAAAUUUCUCAAAAGGAAAGACAGUGACGCUGCUGAAGCAGGACGAGCCUUGGAAGAGCUCAGAAGCUCUCUAUACAAUGAGCUUAAAACAUCAGAAGGAGCUAAACGGCAACAACAGAGAUUUUGUGGCCCUGUUGUUGCAAUGUCAUUCAAUUUCGUUGUUGCAGUUGGAAUCAUCCUCGCCAAUAAAUUAGUGAUGGGAAGAGUUGGGUUCAAUUUCCCAAUCUUUCUAACAUUGAUCCACUAUACCGUUGCUUGGAUUCUUCUAGCUUUCUUCAAGUCUCUCUCAUUACUUCCAAUGUCUCCUCCAUCAAAGACAACACCUUUCUCCUCUCUCUUCUCUCUUGGAGCUGUCAUGGCCUUCGCUUCUGGACUCGCUAAUACCAGCCUCAAACACAACAGUGUUGGAUUCUAUCAGAUGGCAAAGAUCGCAGUGACACCAACGAUUGUUCUUGCAGAGUUUGUUCUCUUCAAGAAAACCAUUUCUUCCACAAAGGUCAUGGCGUUAGCCGUAGUAUCUCUAGGCGUGGCAAUCGCAACAGUGACCGAUCUAGAAUUCAAUUUGUUCGGCGCAUUGGUUGCUGUUGCUUGGAUUAUCCCAAGCGCCAUCAACAAAAUCCUCUGGUCUAAUCUUCAACAACAAGCUAAUUGGACUGCCCUAGCAUUGAUGUGGAAGACGACGCCGUUUACUGUCUUCUUCUUAUUGGCUCUCAUGCCAUGGCUUGACCCACCUGGAGCUUUGCUUUUCAAAUGGGACAUAGCUAACUCUUCUGCAAUCCUCGUCUCGGCUCUUCUCGGCUUUCUUCUCCAGUGGUCUGGUGCACUCGCUCUCGGGGCAACCUCGGCAACAUCUCAUGUAGUAUUAGGGCAAUUCAAGACAUGUGUGAUCUUGCUUGGAGGUUACGUUAUCUUCGGCUCCGAUCCUGGCUUCGUCAGCAUCUGUGGCGCCGUGGCGGCUCUUGCCGGCAUGUCUGUUUACACGUGGCUUAAUCUUCCGGGGAAGUCCAUUGAUCACAGCUCGAGUAAGCUGCUUCCAAAGCAAAACGCUGCCGUUUCGAAACCUAAAGCCGAGGCUGAUGACGGAGGAGAGACCGGAGUAGCUGAGCCACUGCUCUCGAAGACGACAACUGCAAAUAUCGUAUAGCUUUAUAUUUUCUUUUUAGAUACGCCCAAAAAAAUAGCUUACUUUUUUUCAGGGUUUAGCUUGUAAUUUUUGUUCAAGUAUAGCAUAUUUGGCUAUCUAAUUGCACUAUUAGUAAAUAAAUGAAUUUUUUUGCAUUGGUAAUAAUAAAUCACAGGUUUUGAUUUGUAGAUAA